UCGACUCGAUAUGGCAGUGGGUCUCUGGAUCCUGCUGCUGUGGGCCGGGACACUUCGUCUGGCUGAAUGUCAGUCUACAACUGCCACUGAAACUUCAACCGCCACUGAACCCUCUCCUGCACCAACAGAGUGUGAGUAUCAGUUUAAAACCCAUCAUCUGUUUUCACCACACACUGCAUCAGUGCGUCUGGGUAACUUGACAGUGAAUGCAGUGAAAGUGUAUUUUUACACUGAGUGUCGAGGAUGGGAUUCGUUAUCGUCACACAUGGGACCAAGUUCAUCAUCAGAACAAACUAACACUGAAGAACUCUUGAUUUUCUGUGCAGGUUAUUUCAAUGUUAAACCCGUCAGGUUUGGCCUCUCGAUUGAAAUGAUCAACGUUAUCACUGCUGACUACACCGUACAUAUUACUGAAGAAGAAGGAUCAACAGAGAGUCACACAGUCCACUUCUCCGACCAAAACUCAACACGUUCAUUCAAAGACCUGAAGCCCUGUGCUAAAUAUGACGUUAGUGUUACUGGUAAUGAAAGACUCUGCAACAGCACUGUGAAUGUCACUGAGACAGACUCCAUGAAUGCUGCUGAUAUCAGCCGUGGCUCCUGCAUGCCUGGAUGGGUUUGUUAUCAAAGUGGUUGGGACCUCAGCGCUUCACUGUCAACACCCAAGAAAAAAGCAACUAAACCGUGUGGAAAUGGAAUCUGUUUCAAACCUGCUCUUGAAGACAUUUGCUCAGAAUUUACUACAACAUUCGAACAUGUAGGAAGCUGUGGGAACUCUUCAGACCGCAGGGAAGACAUCACUGUUGAUUUCCUGAAUCCAAGUGAAAUAAGACAGAAAUUUAUCUCUGGACUUCCAGCACAAAUCGACACAGUGCUUCCUUCAAAGUGUGUAAACCUGUCAGUGGAUUACACCUGUUCAGAACCAAACAAAGCCAAUGAGACCAAGAAACUGUCUGAGCUGAAGCCGUUCACAGACUACACCUGCACCGGUCUGAUCAAGAACAACAACAACAGCUUGAACAAGACGACUCCACCUGUCCCUGCUCUUAUCUCUUGUCAUUUUAGACUAAACAAGCAAGAGCCAGAUGUGACUAACACGUCCAUUAGGCUGAGCUGGGAAACCUUCAGUCCCAACUGUGAGAGCAUCGUCCCUGACCUUUCAUAUGAGUGCAGCUGUCAACGAUCAGGCUCCAAAGAUCUUCCAGAAAAAAGAGAGGCAGACCAACGUCCUGAUGGAGGAUCAUGUCUUGUCAGGGGAUUAUCAGCAUUCACCGACUAUUCAUGUAACGUUUCAACCUCUUACAUGGAUGAGAUUCGUUAUUGGGAACUCCAACCAAAGCUGAAAACUGACCGUGGAACACCAGGACCGGUUACUGACUUGAAAGUCACAACCGUUGAUCAUAAUGUGAUUAAAGUGACCUGCAAACCUCCAUACGGUGGAUUUAAGGGGGAAAAAGAGAUCUACAUAGCACGUCUCAGUAAUGGUGUUAAAAAACAAAUAAAGUCCUCAUGUGAAUUUGAAUUCAGAGACCUGAGCUACCUGACGGAAUACACUGUGGAGGUGACGGCUUCCAAUGGAGUUCUGGAGAGCCAGCCCAGAACAGAUAAACGUUCUACUCGCUAUAAUGACAAAGCUGUCGCUGGGUUUUUGGUCUCUUUUGCCAUCCUUGCCUCAGCUUUUGUCAUCUACAUGGUUUAUUCGAAAUGCAGACCAUCAUGUGCUGAGAGUCACGAUGCGACGGACGACAAAUCAACAGCAAUUUAUCUCAAUGUUUUGCCUCCUGGAAGACGCCACUUUGAAGCUCGCUGAUGCUGGCAGACCGUACGUGCUCAUCCCCUCGACCCCAGUUUGCUGGAUUACAGCAGUAAUCUGAGGAGAUUGAUGGCAGUCAGUCUGUGAUCUCCUUCAACCUCUAUCAAGCUCUAUUAAUAUAGGUCUCUGUCUUUCUAUUCUAUUGUUAGAAAUAGUAUUUCUCUUCUCUUCUAUUGUAUUAAUAUUCUAUGCUAUGUGGAGCAAUACUGUUAGGACCUUUCCCCUGGGAUUAAGAAAGUAAUUCUUUUCUAUUUACUACUUCAGCAGAGGAGAAACACUUUUAAACGGUCCAUGAAAUGUUGCCACAUUGACCUUUAUGCAGAAAAACAAGCCAAAAGUGUGAACGGUGGAAGGAGCUGAUAUUGCUGUUAAAUGAACUGAAUUUAAUUUUCUCCAAGCUGAAUUGAAAAGCGAGAGGACUCACCUCAGAUAUUGUUCUGCACUCCAACAACAUUUGGUGAAAUACAUUUCCAACUCAUCAGAUUGAUAUUUGUCAGCCUGCUUGAAGGAUGAUUCCAUUCAGUAGUUUUUCAGACUUUUUUUUAUUACUUAAAGCCAGAAAAGUAAAGAAAGCGUGCAUAAAUCAGCAUUUUCACUCAUGUUUAAUUAUUAGCUUCUGUAUUUUUUGUGCAGUUUAAGUUGUGCUUUGGUUUUUUUACUGACACAUGAGAUAUGAGU